AUGGCAGACGUAGUGAACCAAGAUCAAGUCCACAAGGACGGCACCGACCACAUCAAGGACAAGGUCUUUGGCGAAGGUGAAGGUACGGCCACCCCAAAGCCAGAACCCAUUGCCGCGGCCAAGCCCCCUGCUUCAAACCCAGGCGCCGACAACCCAAGUGCUGGAAUCGCCAAGGAUGCGGGAGGUGUGAGCGUGGCUGCUCACGUUGGCAGUCCAUCUGCCGGCAACAAGGAGAAGCGCAAGAGCAUCGUCGGCCAGCUCAAGGGCUUGUUCCUGGGUGGUGACAAGAAAGAGCGGGAAGCGUCUGAGGCUGGUACUGCCAAGCAGGGAGAAUCGACGACUGGUGCUAUCGCUGCAGGUGCGACUGGCACCGGCGUCGCUACUGGCCAGGCGGUGGACCUCCCAGACAAGACCAAGUCUACCACAGCUGGCGACUCGGCCCCCAAGAGCACGACGGAGCAGGUCAAGGAGGCGGUGACUGGUGACAAAGCGGCUAACACAGGUACUGUCGCAGCUUCGACCACCGAACCCGCCCAGACCUCGACCCAGCCAGAGACGAGCGACACCAAGCCGAUAGAGCCAACGGAUACCUCGGGCGACAGCGAGCACAAGCCACCAGCUCCAGCAGGAGGCAAGCCUCCGGAGAACCGCGAGGCCAUUCCCACCGCUGGUGGUGAGAGACUUGGUGACAAGCACUGGGGUGAGAGCAAGAUCGUGCCAGAUAAUCCGAAAGCCAAGACGGAGGAGUCUGCUCCUGGUGUUGCCAGCUCUGAGGGACAGCCAACAGACGAGGUCAAGGACAACACCGCCAAGAACACUGGUGGUGCUACCGCGGGCCCCAAAGACGAGACUCCUGCGAGUGGCGAGAAGAAGGGCAAGUUCCUCGACAAGGUCAAGGACAAGUUGCCAUUCGGAAAGAAGGAUUAA